AUUUUUUCUAUCGGUACAAAUUUUUCGUCUCUAAAAUACACAUAACUAUUUUCAUGAUUUUUUAAAAUAUUUCUCCAUUUUUAGUUUUGUAUUUAUUCUAUAUUAUUUGUUCACUUUUCUUAACUUUUGUGAUUCCAAUAUCUACUCUAAAUAACAUACUUAUUCAUGUAAAAAAAAUAAAUCUAUUUUUUUCUAAAUAUAAAAACUUUAGGAUAAUUACAAUUGACAGUAUUUUUAGAGAUAAUAAUCAGGUAUAUAACAUCAUUUUAAAAAAAAUAAAAAAAAUAUAGCAAAGUAUAUCAACAACAACCUAUAAUAGCUAAUAGACUUUAACCAACCAGAUCUAUCACUAAUAAAUUCUUAUCAACGUAGCAGCCUAUCUCGAUAGAUUAUCUAAAUUUUGUCAUAUUUGUAAUUUUUUUACAUUAUGUUUAUUAAUAUUUAAGUCUGAUUGCUAUAUUUAUAACUGUCCCUAAACUUUAUACACAUUCAAAGAUUUAGAGAUUAAAAAGAAAUAAUACGAAAGGUUUUUUUUCCACGGACGAUCAAUAUGAAGGUAAAACUAAAAUAUCAAGAGAAAGAAGAACUAAGAUAAUAAAUUGUUAUAUAUUCGAUCCUAUAACGAAAACCAUAAUUCUAUUUUCCAUCUUAUUUAAAAAAAUAAUUGUCAUAUCUAAAAAUAUUUGUUUUAAUCGUAAAUUUUAUCUGGAUGAUAUCCCUAUUCUUAUACUAAAGAAAAGUAUGAAUUUUUUUCUUUGGGAACUACAAUGGAUUAGUGUAAUGCUAAAAAAAUGAAUGUUGCAUCUCUCUUUUUUUUUUUUUUUUUUUUUUGUAUAAAUUUCAGUUUCAACCAUUUAAAUUGACUCAAAACUAACCAAAUCCAUCAGCUCUUAGGUGGAGCCUAUGCCUAAUCACGUGGAAAAUUUUAGCAUUGAAAAAAUUUAUUUGUCGUAGCAACAAAAGAAGAAACACAUAAAUGAAACAAAUGGCACGUGUUCUUAGCUAUUCAAGCGAAAGACUCUGUCAUGGUCUGAAUGUCCCUCAAAAAUCUCAACUGUGUCUAAAUUGAAACUCGCCAGCAAAACGCAGAAACUUGCAUGAACGACACGUGUCUCCCUCGAUCUAAUGAACUACAUCUUCAUAAAGCCUCACCAAACGUCACUCAUUGCCACCAAAAAAGAAAGUAUUACACAAGUACCUCCGGCAAAGAUAGAAAGAAACGGAGAAGCAAAGAUGGGGAAGAAAGACGCCCUUCUGUUGCUGUUGAUUAUUGCUGUUUUGGGAAAGGCAAUUGGGAUUAAGGAAGAAGGAGAAGAAGAAUGGUGGAGAGAGAGAGAGUUUGGAAGGAAAGAAAGGUUUCUAAUGGAGGAUUCGAAGCAAGUGAUAGAGACAGAAGCAGGAGAAAUGAGGGUGAUGAGAAGUCCAGCUUCAAGAAUUCUUGACAGACCCAUGCAUAUCGGCUUCAUCACAAUGGAACCCAAGUCCUUGUUUGUCCCUCAGUAUUUGGACUCCAGCUUGAUUCUCUUCGUCCAUAGAGGGGAUGUGAAAGUGGGAUUGGUUUACAAAGACGAGUUAGCAGAGAGGAGGAUGAAGGCCGGGGAUGUGUUCCGUAUCCCAGCCGGUUCAGUAUUUUACAUGGUGAAUGUAGGGGAAGGACAGAGACUUCAGAUUAUCUGCAGCAUUGAUAAAUCUGAGAGUUUGAGUUACGGUACUUUCCAGUCCUUCUUCGUUGCCGGAGGAACCUAUCCGUCAUCAGUUCUUGCCGGAUUCGACCAGGACACACUGGCUACAGCAUUUAAUGUUUCUUAUACAGAACUGAAGAGGAUUCUAUCGAGACAACGACAGGGUCCAAUCGUCUACGUCUCAGAUACUGAAUCGCCUAGGGUUUGGAGUAAGUUUCUGCAAGUGAAAGAUGAAGCCAGACUGAGUAAAAUAGCGGAUAUCGAUGAAGAUGGCGAAGAAGCAGAGAAGAAUGAGCCAUGGUCGUGGAGGAAGCUCAUGGUUUCGAUUUUUGGAAACGAAAACCGGGACAAAAGUAAAAAAACAACAACAGGAAAAUCCCCCGAUUCGUACAACCUCUACGAUAAAAACCCAGACUUCAGCAACGCCUACGGAUGGAGCGUUGCCCUAGACGAAACCGAGUACCAUCCUCUAGGUCAUUCCGGAAUCGGAGUUUAUCUAGUCAAUCUCACAGCGGGAUCGAUGAUGGCGCCGCACGUGAAUCCAACCGCGGCGGAGUACGGCAUCGUCCUCAGAGGCACAGGUACGAUACAGAUCGUGUAUCCAAACGGAACAUCCGCCAUGAACGCAGAAGUAACCGAAGGAGACGUAUUCUGGAUUCCAAGAUAUUUCCCAUUCUGCCAAAUCGCAUCGAGAACAGGUCCGUUCGAGUUCUUCGGAUUCACAACAUCGUCGCGCAAGAAUCGGCCGCAGUUCUUGGCCGGUGCGAGUUCGAUUUUCCACACUCUGAGAAGCCUGGAGAUGGCGACGGCUUUCGACAUAACAGAGGAGGACCUGGAGCGGUUGCUAGGGGCGCAGUAUGAGGCGAUCAUUCUGCCGUCGGCGGAGAUAGCGCCGCCGCACAAGGAGGAGGAGAAGAGGAGGAGGAAAGAGGAAGAGAGGAGGGAGAGGGAGAGGGAGAGGGAACCGGAAACGGAAAGGAGAGUGGAUGAGGCGAUUAGAAGCUUUGAAAGGAAUAUGGUAAUGGGAUAUGUUUAGUCAAAAGUUGAAACGGCGGGAAAUAAACUGUAAUUUCCAUUACUUUACUUUUUCUUUUUGGGGUUCUUUUGUUCUUUUUUAGGUCUGCUUCGUCUCGGUUUAGGGUUUGUUCAUGUGCUCGCAGAUCUGUGAAUAAAACCCUCAACUUUUUAUUGCAGUUGUUUUUAUUUUUCCUCUUUGUAGUCACGUAUCAGAAUUGUUUAUUCCAAACCU